GUGCUUGAUCUAUCAUUAGGACUGGUAUAUACUACUCAUGAUACGGCAAAUAACUCCUUAAGGAACGGAAGGGAGUUGUAUAUGUGAAUCAAGUCUGUUUUAUUUACCAUGGCUAACUUGCGACAUGCUGCGCGAAGCUUGUUUCGGUCUAACAAUGGCGGUCGCGUUGCGCCAGAGUGGAUUGGAUUGCAGUUGUUCAGUCGGUCAGUUUUAUAUUCUCCUUCCAUUCUCGCCACUCGAUAACGACAUUGAUACCCCACUAUUGGGACUACUGUCUCCUUUUUUGACACUCGCCUACGUCUAAGAUACAUGCGCAAAUAAUCCCAGCCUUGACUCCAUUUGUCGUCCAAUCAGCGACUUGAGCGCUCAGUCUUACCCCUUACUUCGCUAGUUUACCUCUUUUUCUACCUCAUCGACCCUUCAGCGCAUUUAGACAUGUAGUGUUACGACGCCGGAACCUAUGAGGACAAAGGAGCUAUCAAGUACUUGGGACGGAAGUCGGAGAUCAAGGCCAGAGGGCUUGACGACACCCAAGGACGGGUCACGUGAUCCAACGUCACGGGGACAGAGUGAUCAAGGUGAUCAAGCCUUGGCAGAAGUUGAUAAGGCCAAGACCUUGAGCAGCUUGAUCAUGAUCAAGGUGAUCAAGCCUUGGCGAAAUCGUGAAAAGCCAAGAUCUUGAGCAGCUUGAUCAAAGGACUAGGAAGGACGGAUAUAUAAGAUUGCCAGAUUUCAUAUGUAGGAGUUCUUCGUAGUCAAUAACAAAUUGUAUCUGAUCUUUUGGAAUCACCUUACCAGUACAACAGUAGCUUAUCCCCCCUGGAUAAGUCAGAGUUAUUACCCUGUCUUGAUACUCGCUUUACCCUAUA